AUGUUAGAACUCUCACUUAUUCUUUUAUCUUUUUCCCUCUCCCCUCUUUAUUCAGAUAGAUUGGUAGAAUGCACUGCUUUGAAGAGAGCUAUUGAAAUUGUUUAUGCUGCAACCUUGCCCAAAGCAUCAAAACCCUUCGUAUAUAUAUCUGUUGUAUUGCCACCUGAACAUGUUGAUGUCAAUGUGCACCCAACAAAGAGAGAGGUAAGCCUUUUAAAUCAGGAAGUUAUUAUUGAGAAGAUACAGUCAGUGGUUGAAUCAAAAUUGAGAAACUCCAAUGAGGCACGGACAUUUCAGGAACAGAAAGUAGAACCAUCUCCAUAUGAUAAAAUGGCUCUGGAUAAGGAUUCUACUUUCCGCUCCUCACAAUCUGGAUCAAAAUCACAAAAAGUUCCGGUGCAUAAAAUGGUUAGAACAGAUUCAUCCGAUCCUGCUGGAAGGUUACAUGCCUACUUGCAACCUAAGCCUCGUGGACCACUUGAAAAGAAUCCUAGUUUGGAUGCUGUGAGGUCCUCUGUUAGACAAAGAAGGAACCCAAAGGAGACUGCAGAUAUUACAAGUGUUCAGGAGCUUAUUGAAGAAAUCGAUUGCAAUUAUCAUUCCGGUCUGCUGGAUGUUCUAAGACACUGCACAUAUAUUGGAAUGGCAGAUGAUGUCUUUGCAUUGCUUCAGCAUGACACUCAUCUCUAUCUUGCAAAUGUGGUGAACUUGAGCAAAGAGCUCAUGUACCAGCAAGUUCUGCGCCGGUUUUCCCAUUUUAAUGCUAUACAAUUAAGUGAGCCGGCUCCACUGUCUGAGUUGCUUAUGUUGGCAUUGAAAGAAGAAAAUUUAGAUCCAGAAGGCCAGGAGAAUAAUGACCUAAUAGAAAAAAUUGCAGAAAUGAAUACCGAGUUACUCAAGCAAAAGAUGGAAAUGUUAGAGGAGUAUUUCUGCAUUCAUAUUGAUAAACAUGGGAAUUUGUCUAGACUUCCAGUGGUACUUGACCAGUACACUCCUGACAUUGAUCGCCUCCCGGAAUUCGUCCUUUGUUUGGGCAAUGAUGUUGACUGGGAGGAUGAAAAAAAUUGCUUCCAAUCAGUUUCAGCUGCUCUUGGAAACUUCUAUGCUAUGCAUCCUCCUAUGUUACCCAAUCCAUCAGGUGAUGGUUUGCAGUUCUACAAAAAGAGAGAACCUCUCAGGAAUCUUGAAGAUGAAGAAAAAGCCUCUGAUGACAUAGGGGAUGACAACCUAAUGGAGAAUGAGAUCGAGCACGAACUACUUUCGGAGGCAGAGACUGCAUGGGCCCAGCGUGAAUGGUCAAUCCAGCACGUCUUGUUUCCAUCCAUCAGACUCUUUUUCAAGCCACCUACUUCUAUGGCUUCAAAUGGAACCUUUGUCCGGGUAGCGUCAUUAGAGAAGCUUUACAAGAUCUUUGAAAGAUGCUAACAAGAAUAGUUUUGGUAAGAUCAAAGUUGGAGAAGCAUGGGCUGUUUCAUGAGGCUACUGCUCUCAGUGAUAGUCUAAUUCAGUCUAUACUAUUUAGCUUGCCUUGUAAAUGCUUUUUGGUAGCCAGUGGUCCACUGUGUAUUGGGUUUCUUUGUAAGCUUUGUAUAUCUUUUAGUAACUACAAUUGUGGGACCCACACGUAAUGCAUCAUUUUUCUAACCAUUGUGAAAUACUAGGAUACAAUCCAAACGCAACCCUGGUGAGGAACACAGACAUCUCCCAUCUAUGGAACACCUUUCAAGUUUGAUUGUU